GAAUCUUUCAUGGAGCACGCAUUCCUGCAUAUAUCUCGAAUUACCUCCUUCUAGUCGGCGCAAUCACCAAGUUUAAAUAAGGGCGUGUCGGUCACGAUUUACGAGCAAGUUUAUAGUCAUGGGUCAUAGGUCGUAGGUCUUGCUGUGUAUGGUGUAAUGGAGCUGUUUUUUAUUUUUUAUUUUUUCUUUGUUUUUUUGGCGGGGGUGUAUGCUUGCAAGCUGUGUUUACUUGCAAAGCUGGAGCGUCGUGUAAGGAGUCUCAUGUUUUUCUGGUCCACUUUUUCGUUCCUUCUUCUUUUUUUUUUCUUUGUUUAUUUUCACCUCUCAUUUUCAUUUCUUACUUUCUUAUUAUCCCCUUUGUUUGUUUUCAUUUUUAUGUUUUAUUUUGGCUCUUUUAUUUUUCUCCCACUUUCUUUAUUUUUAUUUUCUCUCCUCUUUUUUUCCAUUUCUUUUCCCUUCUUUAUUCAAUUCCCUUUUCUUUUUCUCUCUCUUUUCUUAUUCCGGCAAAGCAUGACACCACGAGAGCAUAUAUUUAUUUUUCUGUUCGGAAGGCGCUGAUUUUUUUCUUUUUCCCUGGCUCCUUUCCUCCUUUCUCCUUUAUCCUUCCGGCAUUCGUCCUUUUUCAAUUCACAGACUCCAAGCCGGACAGUCCCUUUUAGAUAUACACAGAUAAGUUACACUUUGCGCCUUCGCUGGAUUUUGCUGGAAUCGCUCAUGUUGGCUUCAACGGUCCAAACUGGCUUCAACCCUGGCUAGUUAUUUGGAUGAGAUGUUUUUAGAUGAAUCAGAUUAC